AUGAAGUCUUCACUUUUAGCCGUCCUGACCGCCGGACUAGCUGUCAGGGAUGCAAUCGCCCACGCCAUCUUCCAACAACUCUGGGUAGACGGUGUCGACUACGGCUCCACCUGUAACCGCCUUCCGACCUCCAACUCCCCCGUCACCAACGUGGGAAGCCGAGAUGUUGUGUGCAAUGCCGGUACGAGGGGUGUCAGUGGAAAAUGCCCCGUCAAAGCAGGCGGGACCGUGACGGUGGAGAUGCACCAGCAACCAGGCGACCGCUCCUGCAAAUCCGAAGCCAUCGGCGGCGCCCACUGGGGUCCGGUGCAAAUCUACCUCUCCAAAGUUUCCGACGCCUCCACCGCCGACGGUUCUUCUGGCGGGUGGUUUAAGAUCUUCUCUGACGCCUGGUCGAAAAAAUCCGGCGGGCGCAGCGGAUACACGUGCAAGGCUGUCUCACCUCCCUAUUACUCGCAGUGUGCCCCAACCUCGUAG